CUGAGCAUGCGCCCGAGGGGUCAUCGAAGAAUCCAGUAAAUAGAAUCCCAGGGCACGAGCCGACUGACGACGCUGACGUCACGGCCCUACAUUGAGAGCUCGAGUUGAGUUGUAAGCGCGAGCUUAGACGGAGGCGCGCCGAGGCAACGGACACAGCUAUGAUGAGCUGCUUUCGGUGCGACUCUGCUGCUUUCUGACGGAAACCACGACCACCGAUUCUUAUUCAGGGUUAUUUCUGUUUUUCAGCGACGGGAACAAGCCGACGGACAUUUUGGAGAGUUUGUUUUCGCUUCGGGGUUACAACAUGUCCUCCCCGGCGAUCGCUGCCUCCAGAAGGCAGUCCUGCUAUCUGUGCGACUUGCCCCGCAUGCCGUGGGCGAUGAUCUGGGAUUUUACCGAGCCGGUGUGCCGCGGAUGUGUCAACUACGAGGGGGCCGACCGGAUUGAGGUUGUUAUCGAGACUGCCCGGCAUCUUAAGAGAGCACACGGCUUCCAGGACGGCCGCUCCUCGGGCACGGGGAAGCCCCAGCACGCCGGGAAGGAGAUGAAUCACUCGUCUGGAGACCCGGGCUCCCGUCCGCCGCAGCCUCUGGACCGCUACCCGACGGCGCUGCACCCGUUCGACAGCCGGUUCAAGAAGGAGCACGCCGCCAUGCAGAGGGUGAUGGGAUAUGAAACCAGCGCCACUUCCUCUAAAACAGAGCGGGGGAAGCACCCGCGGAGCAUGAAGAGGAAAGCCUCCCCAGAGCCCGAUGGCGAAGGCAGCGCCCCCAAGAUGAAUGGCGGUGAGGGGUGGCUGCCUUCACCCUCUGAGGUCCUGAAGUUGCCCCCGGCCUCCCUGCCGUCGCCGUCCUCUGCCUCUCAGCGGAGGCUGACCCAGAGAGAGGGGCCUGUGAGCACCAACUCUUCUGCUCCACUUGCACCUGGAAGCAUGGACCCCCACGCACCGCCGCAGCAGAGCAUCCCGGACUCUUCUGUGCCGCCCGGCAGCGUGCCGCUCUGCUGCACCCUGUGCCACGAGCGGCUGGAGGACACUCACUUUGUCCAGUGCCCGUCAGUGCCCUCACACAAGUUCUGCUUCCCCUGCUCCCGGGACAGCAUCAAGCAGCAGGGCGCCACCGGCGAGGUGUACUGCCCCAGUGGCGAACGGUGCCCGCUGGUUGGCUCCAAUGUGCCCUGGGCCUUCAUGCAGGGGGAGAUUGCGACCAUCCUGACCGGGGACAUUAAGGUCAAAAAGGAGAGGGACCCUUAAAGUGUUCUUCAGCGUUUUUCCUUUUGUAACCCAACUCACGCCCAAACAUGAGUCGUCCCCAGAAUGAUGGACAUGUACAUACUGGACUCAUGGGAGAUGUAGACUUUGUACAUUUGGCUGUAUAAUUUUUUUGAUUUUUCUUUUUCAGUACUUUGUGUUUCUAUAUUUUUGAAGAUAAAAAGGUAUGUACUCGUCAUAACGGACUCUCCCACUUCGUUUCUUCUCAGUCUGUCGGUGUACUGUAGGUCUGGACACAGUCCUGUCCAACUUAGAAUGUGACUAAUCUGAGCACUUGGCUAAAAAAUAAAUAAAAACCCAACAAAAAGCUUCUAGCUGUACAUGUAUGCACUUGUUUAAGACAAACUUGCCAAAUACAGAUUCAGACCUUGUAAUAACA